CAGGCCUCACUUCAAACCACGGUAUAUCUAUCUAUAUUACUGUCCCGUGCCCCUUCGCCAAAGCCUGACCGCCGACGAUAGAGCCUUUUAGAAAGGAACCGUCCGUAAGCCGAUUACACACCGCGAUUGACUUUGCAACGCGUCCCUCCCCCCAGCAGCCGCGAAUCGCCAAGAUGAUCACCAAGUUUAUGACCGAGGUCACCACCAAGUUCAACCCCUUCUCGCCCAAGGCCAAGUCGGCGCGGUUGUUUCUGUCCUGCAUCCCGCCUGCGGCGCGCUCGACUGGCCUGUCGAUUAAGACCGUCCUGCUGCCGCGGACGUCGACGGAGCCCCCGUCGCUGUUUGUCAAGUUCAAGGAUGGCAAGGAAAUGGACAUCGACUGUGAAAAGAUGGGUAUCAAGAACAUCGUCGAGGAGCUUGACAGACACUCUCGUGGUCUGCAGAAGCAGGCCGAUUUGACCGACUAGAGCGGUUUCGACGAAAGAGAGGAGGAGGGAAAUGUCCUUGUAUUAUUAUGGCAUUGCAUGUAUCGGUACCGGCGUUUAUGAGGGAUGGAAAUAAUAUCCCCAGGGAAUCUCGAUUGGCUAUAAGUGGCGGCUCCAAGACUAUGUUCCAUGUGGGAGAGGAAGACAGAAGGGCGAUGCCGACGCUGCCUGGUCGAAAGCACGCAGCGACCAGCGCGCAUGAAGAUGCGCACGUGAAAAUCCCAAGU